AUGUUGCAUCCACCUCGAGUACUCCGUCCCGAUCUCAGCAAAUCCCUUGUGCUCCCACUCCUGCUAGCUCACCAGUUGAGAGUGAACAUCACGAUGGUUGGAAUCCGCAACGUGCAAAUGACGAGGUUCCAGGCUAUGAGCCACGAGAUAUGCAUUACAACGACCUUCGAACUCAACUGGAAAUGCAUCAAGGAAUAUGAAACUGGGCUUCUUAGAUAUAGGUCCAAAACAAUUAGUUGUCAUUAA